GAGCGCGGAGGGGGCGCUGGCGAGCGAGGGGCGGGCACUGGCGGGGCCGCAUCCCCGGCGUGUGAGCAUACCGCGCCGGGAGGAGGGCUUCCUCGGCCGGGCCGGGGGAGGUUCAGACUAAGUUAGGCUUGGGGAGAGAGGAAGGGAGAGCGCUGCCGGAAGCGGCGGAGCGGCGGCGGCACUGGGAGCUCGGGGUGCCCGGCGGGCAGCAUGUAGCUGGGUGACAGCGCCCGGAGCGCAUCGCCUCCGCCGCCAACAGCCGUCUGCCUCGCCGCCGGCCCGGCGGGCGCUGAGAGGGCCGGCGCAGCGGGUCGCGGAGGCCUCUCCGGGGAGGCGGAGGGGGGCAGCAGCCGCGCCUCGCCUCUACUGUCCCCCACUCUCCCCUCUUCCCUCAGCGCCGUCUCCCGGCGCGGCCCUCCCUCAGCCACCCGCCCCUUGGCCGCUGCCGGGGGGCUGCGGCCGCCGCCGCUGACAUGGGGCUCCCCACGCUGGAGUUCAGCGACUCCUACAUGGACAGCCCGGAUUUCAGAGAACGCCUGAAGUGUCACGAGAUCGAGCUGGAGAGGACGAACAAGUUCAUCAAGGAGCUGAUUAAGGACGGCAGUCUCCUCAUCGGGGCCCUGCGAAAUUUAUCCAUGGCAGUACAAAAAUUUUCACAGUCUCUACAAGAUUUCCAGUUUGAGUGUAUUGGAGAUGCUGAAACUGAUGAUGAAAUUAAUAUUGCCCAGUCCCUGAAAGAGUUUGCUCGGCUCCUCAUUGCUGUUGAAGAGGAGAGGAGACGACUGAUCCAGAAUGCUAAUGAUGUGCUGAUAGCACCGCUGGAGAAAUUUCGCAAAGAGCAAAUAGGAGCAGCAAAAGAUGGGAAGAAGAAGUUUGACAAGGAAAGCGAGAAAUAUUAUUCCAUCCUAGAGAAGCACUUAAGUUUAUCAGCAAAGAAGAAAGAAUCUCAUUUGCAAGAUGCAGAUACACAAAUCGACAGAGAACAUCAAAACUUUUAUGAAGCAUCAUUAGAGUAUGUCUUUAAAAUUCAAGAAGUACAAGAGAAAAAGAAAUUUGAAUUUGUUGAACCUCUCUUGGCCUUUCUUCAGGGAUUAUUUACAUUUUACCAUGAAGGAUAUGAACUGGCUCAGGAGUUUGCACCAUACAAGCAGCAGCUGCAGUUCAAUUUGCAGAAUACCCGGAAUAACUUUGAAAGCACUAGGCAGGAAGUGGAGAGACUCAUGCAAAGAAUGAAAUCAGCCAACCAGGAUUACAGACCACCAAGUCAAUGGACAAUGGAAGGCUAUCUCUAUGUGCAGGAGAAAAGACCUCUUGGAUUUACGUGGGUGAAACAUUACUGCACUUAUGAUAAAGGAACAAAAACAUUUACAAUGAGUAUAGCUGAAACAAAAUCUGGUGGAAAAGUGAAUGGCCUUGUUACAAGCUCGCCAGAAAUAUUCAAGCUAAAAUCUUGCAUCAGAAGAAAGACAGAUUCAAUUGACAAACGUUUCUGUUUCGAUAUUGAAGUAUUUGAGAGACCUGGAAUCAUCACACUACAAGCUUUUUCAGAAUCCAACCGAAAACUUUGGCUGGAAGCUAUGGAUGGAAAGGAACCAAUCUACACACUGCCAGCCAUUAUUAGCAAGAAGGAAGAAAUGUUCUUAAAUGAAGCAGGUUUCAACUUUGUGAGGAAAUGUAUUCAUGCUGUAGAAACAAGAGGAAUUACAAUCCUGGGACUGUACAGAAUAGGUGGUGUAAACUCCAAGGUGCAAAAGCUGAUGAAUACUGUAUUUUCCCCUAAAUCUUCUCCUGAUAUGGAUAUUGAUAUGGAACUUUGGGACAAUAAAACAAUAACAAGUGGACUAAAAAACUACCUCAGGUGUCUUUCAGAACCGCUGAUGACUUUCAAGCUGCACAAAGAUUUCAUUGUUGCUGUCAAGUCAGAUGAUCAGAAUUACAGAGUUGAGGCAGUGCAUGCACUUGUGCAUAAGUUACCAGAGAAGAACAGAGAGAUGCUGGACAUCCUUAUCAAGCACUUGGUCAAGGUAUCGUUACACAGUCAGCAAAAUCUAAUGACUGUAUCCAACCUUGGUGUUAUCUUUGGACCAACUCUGAUGAGAGCCCAAGAAGAAACCGUGGCUGCUAUGAUGAACAUUAAGUUUCAGAAUAUCGUCGUUGAAAUUCUCAUAGAGCAUUAUGAAAAGAUAUUUCACACUGCACCAGACCCCAAUAUUCCUCUUCCCCAACCUCAGUCCCGAUCAGGUUCAAGAAGGACAAGAGCAAUUUGUCUCUCCACAGGUUCACGUAAACCAAAAGGAAGAUAUACACCAUGUCUAGCAGAUCCUGACAGUGACUCAUACAGCAGUAGUCCAGACAGCACUCCCAUGGGCAGCAUUGAAUCUCUCUCUUCUCACUCCUCUGAGCAGAACAGCACCAGCAAGUGUGUGCCCUCACAGCCCAGAGAGAAGUCAGGAGGGAUUCCAUGGAUUGCCUCGCCCCCUUCUUCUAAUGGCCAGAAGAGUUCGGGCCUGUGGACUACAAGUCCAGAAUCCUCAUCAAAGGAGGAUGCGACCAAAACAGAUGUGGAGUCAGACUGCCAAAGUGUAGCUUCUGUCACUGGACCAGAGAAUGCCUCUCCACCAACAGACCUGACCAAAAAGAGUUCUUACAGUCUGUCUGGGUUGAAAAGGUCUUCAGCUUCUUCCCUCAGAUCAAUUCCAUCAGCUGAAGGUAACAAAAGCUGCAGUGGAUCUAUACAGAGCUUAUCUUCAACAGAUAACAAAGAUACACCAAAGACUCUACCAAACCCUGAUUUGCCUCCCAAAAUGUGCAGGAGAUUAAGAUUAGAUACUGCAUCAAGUAAUGGCUAUCAAAGACCAGGAUCUGUAGUGGCUGCAAGAGCCCAGUUGUUUGAAAGUACUGGUUCAAUUAAACAGAUUUCUUCAGGACGACAAGCAAAAGCCAUGUAUUCUUGUAAGGCUGAGCAUAGUCACGAGCUGUCUUUCCCACAGGGAGCAAUAUUUUCCAAUGUAUAUCCAUCAGUGGAACCAGGCUGGUUAAAAGCAACUUAUGAAGGCAAAACAGGACUUGUACCUGAGAAUUAUGUUGUCUUCCUCUAGUAAUCUUUAGUGGACAGCAAUAUCUUCAUGGUAUCCAUGGUAACAAAUAGUAAGCACUGUGAUUUUUAUCUGACACAGAUAUGGGAUCAACCCAUUAGUAGAUUUCCUUCAGAGACUGCAGCUGCAGGUGAUGCAGCUCCCUAUCUAUCAACGGAACAGAAUGUAAUGAAACAGUUAACAGUUCCUGUGCUGAAGACGGUACUCUGUUUAAAUAACUUCCAUUGUUUGCAAAAGGUUGUUCUGUUCUUCUUUUAUGGGUAAGGAACACUACAGCAAUAAAAUCAAAAAGUUACCAUUUAGCUGCAGACCUUCAGGUCCUAGGGUUUGGCUCACAGAAGUGUGAAAUUUAGAAGCGAUGCACUCAAUAUUUCUUCCAAUCUAUAGUUUUUAAUAUAAAAAAAAAAAAUCUUUUUCAUAAUAUAAGUUAUAUUUCUGUUGUCAUCUGAAUACUCCCUUAGAAAAAUUGGUUCUAAUCAUUUCAAGUAAGAAAUGAGUUUUCCAUGAAUCAUAAGUUUGAACUCCUGUCAGUCACUGAGAUUACAGUAUGUUACCGAAUUUAUGUAACUGAUAAUGAAAUCAGUUUCUACACUGCCUGAGCAUCAAGCACUCAUUCAAAAGGUGCUGUCAUAGAAUCAUAGAAUGGUUUGAGUUGGAAGAGACCUUGAAGAUCAUCUACAUCUAACCCCUGUAUUGGCAGGAACACCUACCACUAGAACAGGUUGCUCAGAGUCCCAUCCAGUCUUGCCUUGAACACUUCCAGGGAGGGAGCAUCCACAACUUCUCUGGACAACUUCUUUGAGUGUCUAAUCACCUUUACACUAAAGACUUCCCUCCUAAUGUCUAACCUAAAUCUCCCCUCUUCCAGUUUUAAUCCAUUACCCCUCAUCCUCUCACUACAAGCCCUUGUAAAAAGUUCCUCCCCACCUUUCCUGUAGGCCCCCUUCAGGCACUGGAAGGCUGCUAUAAGGUCUCCCUGGAGCCUUCUCUUCUCCAGCCUGAACAUCCCCAACUCUCAGCCUGUUCGCAUAUCAGAGGUGCUCCAGCCCUUAAUCAGUUUCGUGGUCCUCCUCUGGACUUCCUCCAGGAGCUCAAUGCUCUUCUUAUGUUGGGGGCUCCAGAACUAGACACAGUACUCCAGGUGGGGUCUCACAAGAGCUGAGUAAAGGACCCUUGACCUGCUGGCCACUCACAUUGCUGGCUCAUGUUGAGCUUCUCAUCCACCAUCACUUCUUAAGUCCUUCUCCUUUGGACUGUUUUCGAUCCAUUCUCCACCCAGCCUGUAUCUGUGCUUGGGGUUGCCCUGACCCAGGCGCAGGACCUUGCACUUGGCGUUGACUGAACUUCAUGCAGGUUGCACAGGCCCACCUCUCAAGCCUGUCAAGGUCCCUCUAGAUGGCAUCCCUUCCCUCACUGUGUCAACCUCACCUCUCAGUUUGGUGUCAUCAGCAAACUUCCUGAGGGUGAACUCAGUGCCACUGUCCAUGUCACCAAUGAAGGUGUUAAACAGCACGUUUCAUUCAAAUACUUCUUAGAUGUAUUUCCUCCUUUCUGUAUCAGUAUAGAUACUAUCAAUAACUUUUAUUUCUGUGAUACCCAUCAUCAGGACAAGAUUCUUAGUGUAUCUCAGAACAACAUCUGUAGAAAACAAGGAAAUGCUGAACCUGGAAUGAUUGGAAGUAAUGUGAAACAAACAGUGAAAAACAGCAGUGUGUUAUGAAACCUGAGAUGAAUUGUAACUGAGUCGUUUUCCAACUUUUUUUCGUCGCAGAUAAUACAAAUGGCCUGUGAGGUAGCUGAUUUUAUAAGCUAUGAAUGCUGAAAUCUCCAUGUAGCAAUAGAAGUGUUUAGCAUUAGUUCUCCUGACAUCUUCUGAACUAUUUGACAAAGAUUUCUCCCCUUCCACAGAAUAAAAAGGCCUUAUUUUCAGAGAUUUGCUAAAGACCCAUUGAUUGUUCCUGCUAAGACUGAGGGAAAAAAAAACACAAAAAAACAACAAAACAAACCUCAGAACAACCCCAAACCAUACGAGCAUCUUUCUUGCACACCUUGAAGGAAAACUUGCACUGCUUGCUUGGCUACUUACCAUGCCCAAUUGAAAACCAAGCAAUUUAAGGUCCACAUUAAUGACCUUUCAACACUAACAGUGCUACAGAAAUAAUUCACUGUUUCAUAGACCUAUCUGGGCUUAGUUUCAUAGACCUGUCAAGGCUGAGUCCUCUCUUCAGUAAUAGGAAUCAAUAUAUAGAACGUGUGUUGUUUUCCAAGUUGUACAAUAUUUCCAGAAAGUUUAAGGAAGAACUUUUGUUAGAACUAGAAACAACAGUAAUCUUUGAAUUGCUUCUUUUUUCUUUCCAUAGCCUUUGUCUUGUUUAAAUUAGAAAACAAGAUUUAUUGUCAACAUAAAGGAGCACAUCAGAACCUUUUUACUUGUAUGUGUAGUGUGUGAUUUCUGCAGAGGAAUUCUGUGCUGGAAUUCAGGCUGGUGGCAAAAGCCUGCAGGAUUCUUCUUGCUAUUUGAAGUAUCAAGUAGUGACCAGGGAGGGAAAGAGGAUCUUACCAAAAUGUUCUAGCUUUUCAGAGGGGGAGUCUGGGUAAACCUGACUGCAGGCAGUUGAGGACAGACCCCUUGAGUUAGUGACUGAGUUCUUUCUUCACUCUAAUCAGUUGCAUUUACGUCCCAAAUCAUGCUUCACUCCACCUUAAGACCAGACUGUGUUCAGCACAUUGUGAUGAAGGGUUGUUCCAGACAUUGUCACAGGCAGUGAAAGCAGACACACAUGUGCUCGUCUAAUGUGCCCUGAGCAGAUGUGAAAGGAAGUGAAGGUCAUUUCUCAUCAGACUGAGCCUUUCUUAUUUCUAAGGCAAGCCAAGAUUUCUUAGUGUAAGCUAUGCCUGAAACUGUCACUGCCUUGAGAAGACCAACAUGGUUUGGUUGUGGUUUUGCUGUGUUUCACAAUCUAAGAAUUGAAGAAUGUUGAAAGAGUUACCUCUGGUGACCUUUCCCAGGAGUGCUGCUGCAGGCAAAAAGGAGCAAAAAGGGAGACAGAGCUUUGAGCAGAGGUUGAAGGCCCUGAACGUGUCUCACACAGGCAGAGAAAUGCAGUGGUCUGGGGAAGAAUAAAACCACUUCUUCUAUUUGUUGCACAGGGGUCAGUGGCAAAAGGACCUUUGUUGAAAAUCCUUUGAUGACCUCUUAUAUGCUUAAGAGGAAUUUGUGAAAUUCUUGAGCAAUGGUGAAACAGAAAAUGCUUGCUCUUGUUUCCUUUGCUUUAGCCUGAUUUUAAAAGAAGGGGGGAAAGGCUAAUCUUAGGUAAUCUCACAGCCUGUGUAUAUGGCUGGGUAUUCUCCAGCAUUGUGUUUUGAAACCAGCUGAAUGGUGUGCAAGCUAGAGGGCUCAAAAGAUGCUGCAUUCAUUUAAAACUUUGUUAAAACUUUGCAAAGUUCAGUUACAGAUCAUGUAAGUGAAAUUUUAAGUGCUGAGGGAAAGGUUGUAGAAAGACCUGGAGGAAUCCCUGUGGAGGAGAGGCCUUCUGUCUAUUCCCAUGCAUUCAUCUCACACGAGACACAAAAACAAAAUGCAGAAGACAACUUCAUAAGAAACUGGAUGCCUUUAAUUCUGCUGCUGACAAAACAAAUCUCUAUUUUCCUCUGUGAGUCUUGGCACUUUUUCAGGCCUUUCUUCUGAAUCAGCCAUGACAAUAACAUAAUUUUAAAGCAGCUUAGCUUUAAAAUGGCAAUUGCAUCUGAAAAAAGGUUAUGUCCAUUCUUAAUUACAGUUAAGCACCUGCUACCAGUGAAAUGAGUAGGGCUUGUCAUUUUUUUUAAUGUUUUGUUUUUUUCUGUUCCUCUCUUCUGUGAUAAGUAACAAGCAUUUUCUGUAUGAUCUCAGUGCUGGGUUGUGGAUGACCCAGCUCUUCCCUGGCUUUCCAGGAGGGAGUUCAUCUCUACAAUAAGCUGUACAAUGAACUGGAAAGUUAAGUAACUAGGUGUUGAAAGACUGAAAUGGGGGAGAAGACAGCACCAAAGCUUGUCAAAUUAUGAGACUCUCAGGCCAAAAACUCCUUCUGAUAAUUGUAAAGGAUCGGAAAUCCAUAUGACAUUUAAAUGAAGAUAUAUCAUUUUGAUAGUGCCUUACCAGAAAAUUAGGCAAGCUGAACUAAAUUAGUUCAUAGUAUUGAUUUUUUUUUUUUUUUUUUAUGAAAGUCAGAUUCCCUCUACAAGCAGACACUGUGCAGUUUUUGUAAUUAUUAUUAUCCUUCCUAAAAGGAUGCAGCAGGCUUUUCCCAAAUAUCACUGUAGAACUCAAGGUAGGUGACACAUUGUGAUUUUUGUUUGUCUCGUGGAAAUAAUGUCUGUACCCACAACUUAUGUAAUUAGCCAUGUUUUUUCUUUGUUAAACCUUUUCAUAAAUGUUGCAGCACAACAUGAAUCAAAUUAAUAGUGUGAAGGAUUGAUACAUUGUAUAAUAAAUAUGUAAAGUAUAGUAAUAUUUUAUAUUCACACUUUUUAUUAAUGAUGAUUAAGAUGAAAAAUAUUUUUGGUGUAAUUCCUAUGAAUUCAGUAUUAAAAAGUCCUUGCUUUAUUUUGGCAUUUAGAGUUCUAUCACACAAAACUCUUAAAUUAAGGCAUAGUUAUCACUUAUGUCCCAAACUAAUCUGUAAAGUUCAUUGUUUGAUUAUUUCUAGAAAAAAGUCAUGCAGAGAAUUACUGACCAGCACUAUUCUGUGAUAGUAAUAGUAAAUUAUUUUCCUUUUAUAUAUUGUCUGGUGCUAAUCUCUAUUCUUUGCCUGUAAUUGGAUUGAAUUGUAACGUGCCUUUAGGAAAGCAAUGGUGGGAGAGGAAAAGUUGCAAAAUUCAGCAGCUGAGAACAAUAAUUACAUUAAAAAAAAUAUAUGGUUAUAUUUCUCCACUGGCCUAUUUUCUACUUAAUUAGAUUGCAUCAGAAUAAAUAAACUACAAAGCAUA